ACAUUUUUUGGACUCUUGAAAAUACCUUAACAGAUUUUUUACAGCAAGGAAAAUACUUUAUUUGGAUAUAUUUGCGGACUGAAAUUUCUGUAAUUCUUGAGCAUAUCUAAACGAAAAUGAAGUGGAAAAAUUUCUUUUACAUUGUGUGUUUGCUUUUGCCAUUUGUGUUGCUUCCAUUGGCACUGUCUUCGCACAAAGAAUCUCAAUGUGCAUAUGUAGUGAUAAUUGUUGUUAGUUACUGGUUAUUAGAGCCAGCUCAUAUGUAUGCAGUUUCAAUACUUCCUGUGGCUCUUUUCCCAUUGUUGGGAAUAAUCAGCUCGACAGAUGUUGCCAAGAAUUACAUGAAGGAAGGCAUUAUGGUAGUUAUUGGUGGAAUGGUGGCCGCCAUUGCUGUAGAGAAUUGCAAAUUGCACGAAAGAAUUGCUCUCAAAAUUCUGCUUCUGGUUGGAACAGAGAUUAAGUGGCUUCUUUUAGGUUUCAUGCUUACAACGAUGCUCAUGUCUAUGUGGAUGACGAACACUGCCACGACAGCUAUGAUGAUUCCCAUUGUAGAUGCCUUGGUUGAAGAAAUUAGUUCAAAUACGAAAGAAAUAUAUCUUGAUGAAAAUAAUUUCGAGACAAACAAUAAACUGCUUUGCGAUACCGAAAUGAAUGGCAAGACGAACAAUAGAACUAAAGAUCAAAAUGAUAAAGUUGCUGUCUUGAAAAAAACAUUGCUCCUUGGUGUUUGCUAUGCUGCCAAUAUUGGAGGUACUGGAACAAUAAUAGGAACUCCUUCAAACGUAGCGCUGGUGGCAUUACUUCAAACACUUUAUCCAGGUACCAAUGAAAUCACGUUUGCUUCUUGGAUGAUGUACAGUAUACCUGGAGUACUUCUAUGCAUCACCUUUGGUUGGCUCUAUCUAUGGCUGAUAAACAUCUACUUCUCAAAGCUGAAGCAGAAUGAUGAAUCUAAAGAAGAAAUUUAUGGAAUAAUUUCGAAAAGAUAUAAGCGAUUGGGUUCUAUAUCAUUUCAUGAGGCCUCAGUAAUGGUUUUAUUUGGCCUUCUGAUUUUAUUAUGGAUUUUCAGAGACCCAGAAUUCAUACCUGGUUGGGCUACUGUCUUUUUUCCCAAAUCAAAGGUCGGUGAUUCAACUGUAGCCGUGGCUAUUGCUUUUUUAAUGUUCUUCUUACCAUCCAAUAUUCGAGAUUUGAGUAGCCCACCCAUUCUGGAAUGGAAAACAGCCCAUGCAAAAUUCCCUUGGGGAGUUCUCUUUCUUAUAGGAGCUGCUUCCUCAUUGGCCCAAGGAAUACAGGUGUCUGGACUUUCUGACCUUCUCGGAUCAAAGCUAUCGGCAUUGCGCGUGCUGUCACCAGGAUUGAUUGUCACUGUCACUUGCUUCAGCACUGCUAUGAUCACAGAGAUUAUUUCGAAUUUCGCUGCAACUGUGAUUUUGUUGCCAAUUUUGAGUGAAAUAGCGCUAACAAUAGGUGUAAAUCCUCUCUAUUUGAUGCUACCCUGUGCUAUUGUGUGUUCAUACGCUUUUAUGUUGCCCAUUUCCACUGUCCCAAAUGCAUUCGUUUUUGACAGCGGUAACAUGAAAUUAAUGGACAUGCUGAAACCGGGAAUCGUCAUGAACGUGGCGUGUUGCUGCAUUCAACUGUUCACUCUUCAUACUCUGGGAGUAGCACUUUUUGAUUUGAACAAAUUUCCAAGCUGGGCUCAACACAAAGGGAUAACAAAUACAAUGACCAUAAAUGUUACUGAUUUUGGAAGCAUGCCAGCUAAUACAACCCAAAUUCUAAAUAAUACUUUAAUUUUAUGAAUUGAAAUUAAUGUACAUUAAUGGCAUCAUAUAUUUCAUACAUAAUGUAAUUAAUGUUACAUCAUAUAUUUCUUAAAAGUUUUUUUUUUUUUAAUUUGAGCUAAUUUCUUUAAAUACAUAAUUUAGAAGAAAGUAAAAGCCUAUACCAGACUAUUUAUUAUUAGUUAUCAUUAAGGAAAUUAAUUAUUCUGAUCAUUAAUGAACAAAUAUUCUGGAAUUUUCAAGUCCCCACUUAAACUUUACAGAAGCAAUAUUGUUUGUAAAAAUAAUAUUAUAUUAUUAGGUAAUAUUUGAAAUUUUAAGGUAAUUUCAGAAAUUAAUGUAUAUCCUAUAAUUUUUACCCUUUAUUUACUGAAUUUCUUAAUUUUUUUAAUUGGCUUUUUUAAAUACUUAAUUUAGA